AAUGCCUCCGGAUGCAAACACACUGCGUGGCCCUUGCGAGCGAUUCUCAAGGACGCCCCAAGCGCGCUUGCUGGGCGAGACCGACGUCAGAGCGCUACGGACAUGACACUUUCAGGAACUGUGGAGGUGGCCUCAAGCUGGCCCAACGGACUCCACGGUCGUCGUCGCUUGUGGUACCGAUUCUGUCAGUUUCUGACAUUCCGCGAGAACCAGAUGACUUCGUUGCGCCCUGAUUGGAGAUGCAGAUUAGGGGGAGCCGGCGUCAGCGUCGUCGAUCGUGUCGUGGAAUUGGCGCUGAAAUCCAGAUGGCCAAGAGAAUGGAUGGACAUUGCAGGAUUUGACCGGACGCGGAACGGAGACAGUCGACACGCACGAGGGAAGGGGGAUUGGAAGGGAGCAAGGCACGUGGUUAUCAUCGGUCCUGCCAAGACUAGUGUCUUGUCCCGGCGGCGCCCGGACAACUUCUGUCAAGACUCAAGACUCAAAAUCUUGUUCAGGCUGGGUCGGCUUCCUUUCAACCCUCCGAUUCGGCCGGCAGGGCGAUCAACGACCAUCAACGGAACAGACGCGCGGAACGGGAUUACGUGCAGGGCGGUUCUGAAGCAAGGCCUGGCGACCGAUGCGACUUGGCCCCGGCCGAUCCCAGUCUCGAGAGAUAUCAGCCUGAACAUCAGAGAUGUCAAGCAGAACCAUCGGAGCAUCGCGAAAAAUGUUUACUGCCGGUUGGACUAGUGAAUUUUUGAUCGAUUUGAAUGGAAUCCCACGGUCGAAUACGAUAAGAUGCUA